GUCGUCUGUUGGUUAUUGUCAGAGACCUAAAUAAAAGGGGAAGUUAUGGCACAUACAAAGGUUAACUUUUCUCAAACAUCUGCGAUUUGUAAUUUAUCCAGUUGGUUGCAAAUGCCCUAAGUACCUCUACUGGACCGUUAGCUGCUGUAGAGGAGGCGCGGGAACACUGCAGCAGCUCUCUUUGUCUUUUACUGGCGUCCCACACCACAUAGUCUUUCUGGUGUCCCACAAUGCUGUCUAUGCAAACAUCAGCUUGUCAACAAGAUCAGCCUGUGCUUUAGCAGUGGUGCUUUGACCGCCCUUCACUGAUUUGAUCCAGUCCCAUCUGAUUGGGUUCGUCCAGGCUGUCUUCUCUUUUUUUGACCAUCAGAAACGCUUCAAUCAGUUGCCAUGGUGUCCAGAGCUGGAGACCUUCCAGCCCUGGAAGCAGGUCCAGGUUCAUCAGAGGGACUCCUCGGAGGGAUGUCCAUCCCUGUCGGGAUGACCCGUCGAGCUCUCAGCUAUGAUGAUAAUCUUGAGCGCCCUAUGUCUCCACCUCCAACUGACAUUAAUAUUAGCAACCUGUGGAGGCGACCUGUUAUACCUGAGAGGAAGUUUGCCCGACUUGCUGAGGAGGAUGAGUCAGAAGGAGGGGUAAAACAAACUGCUACCUUUGAAUUCACUAAACCUCCAGUCCCUGUGGUGAAAGCCAAAGCCUCGUCUGUCAUGAACUCGCUCAUCAUCAAGCAGACCCAGGAGAGCAUGCACAAGUUUGAGAAGCAAGCCGGACUGACCGAUGCGGUCUACACUCCACAUAAAGGCCUGAAUGCAGAGGAGACCCGCUACCAUUGUCUGGCAGAGUCAAUGCAUAAGCUUCAAAUGCAAAGCACAGAAGCUAUAGAGGAGAAACAGCCAUCAUCUGGUCAUUCAACGCCUGCUGGGACCCCUCAGUCCUCACCAAAGCAAAGACGCAGGGGGUGGUUCAGCAGUCAAGGCUCCACUGCUUCUCUCACAGGCUCUGAGAUGAGCACCAGUUCCAGCUCCAGUAUAGAUCUGGCUUUGGGUGAUGGACCUGUAGAGCGCUGGGGUGCUUUUGGACCACGUCCUCAAGUCAGCAAGUCCACAACUGAUCCAGGUACAGAUCCAGCAAUAACAGGGGGAUUUGCCCUGCAAUCCUAUAAAGGAGCUCAAAAACCCACCCCUAUGGAAGUGAUGAAAGCCCAGGCCACCCGCUUGGCCGAAGAUCCCACAAACUUCCAAGCUCCCCCAAAGAUGGAGAUCCCCACCAUGGAGGGGAAGAGACAGAUGACCCGACCUCACAAACUCAAACGCCGGGACAUGAACGUCCUGACACCCUCUGGAUUCUAAGUGAACUCCUUACAUCCACCUCAGCUGUACACAUAGUGAACUGUAGCUGGUCUACCCUCUCUCUUACUCCUUUGUGCUUUCUUGCUGCUUGAUCACUGCAGUAAUUGCUUUUCCCUAUCACAGCCUCAUCCCUUUGCUAGCAUCUAAAUAAAUGUUUAUCCUCAAAAGAUGUGUGAGUGCGUAGCAGCCUUAAUGUUGGUGCUGUUUUCUUUUGUUGGCCUCUUCCUUGAUUUUGCCUUUUUAAUUUUUCCUUUAAAGUGUGUGAACUAAAAGCUAGUGUGUGUGAGAACGUGUAUUCCUUGAUGUUUUCGGAUGUACUGUGGUGUAAUUAUUCAUGGCUUAACUGUGAACCAAAGCAGUGUUUUUAUGUGUUGGGUUUUUUUCGUUCCAUCACAUAGCAGGUUAGAAAACUGCCUAGAGCUUAUUGUCAUAUAUUGAUAAAUGGUGUGAUUUCCUGUGUAACAUUGUCAAUACACAAUGGGUUCAGUGAUAACUUAAUUCUUUAAGUCUUUGCUGUUGUGUAUUAUGCCGUUUAAAGCAUUGUUGUGAUACGGUUAUAUUGAGGAUGGUGUGACCAAUGACGAGGGCACGAAUUUGACUGAAGGUUUAAAAAAAAAAAAAACUUUGGCUGAAAUUUUAUUUAAUGUAACAGCUCUGGAGAGAGGUUGUCUUAUAUUUUUGUUACACGUUUAAAAUUAUUUCAGUUUCUCAAAAGGCUGAAUGUAUUUAAUUUGAUCUCGUUUGGUCUUUUAAUACAUGAAUGAAUAAAUAAAUGGAAAUAAUCGCCA